UUUUAAUAUUAAUAUUUUAUUUCAGAAGCAUUGGAUUAACAACCUAAAAUAAAAGAGCAAUAUUUAAAAAAAUAAAUAAUUAAAUAAAAAAUCAAAUCACAUAAAAUAAACAAGCAAAUACAACAGCAGGUAGAAUAUCCCCUUAUAAGACAUUACAGAAAAAUACACAAGCAAACAAAUAGAUCCAUGAAAACACUCUAAUAAAUCUAGAAAGCAUGUGAAAUAUGAAUAAAAUGAUCCAACACACUAUGUGAUAUGUGAUAGGCAAGCGUGUAAGUGAAAGAGCAGGAAAGACGAGUCCAAACGUUGCAUUUGAUUUUGAUAAACAAAAGAUUCACCACAGUGAUCAGCUGCAUCCAGUCAGGAAUAUUCUGGGGGUGCCAAAAAUGGAGGGGAAAAAGGGGGAGGAUGGGGGGCUAGAAAACCAGAGGUCACAGGUGUGUGUAGGUUUACCUUUUUUAAAUUGCUGGUUUAGAGAAUAAAGUCGAGGAAAUAAAAUAGUUAUAAGUAAAGGUUUGCAAAAAUAUGUUUUUCCCCUGUCCACAGGGCACGUGGCACACAUCCUUCAAGGAUAAUGGUUGGAAAUCAUGUGUAGAGUGCAAAGCAUGUUACAUUUAUACCCCCCAAUUCAAAACGAUUGUGAAAAGUUAAUUUAGAAGCGGAAUAGCUGCACUUUUGAUUAUUUAUUUUUUCUUUUCUGAAGUUGUGUAUCAGCAGAUUUCUGCAGGACGCCCCGCUAAUUAGGCCAAAAUUUCAGUUUGAUCCGAGCUGGGCAUGUUGUUCUUUGUCGCUCCCGGUCAGUCAGAGGCUAUUUCAAAACUAGGAUAAUUUUCGGAGUGCAUCUCGUGUCCUUAAUGAUCGGUUAAAAAAACAAAACAAAACAAAAAACACGUUUGACUGAAAUGUCUGUGAUUUCCGACGUUGAAGUCCCUCGCCUAUUUUGUCCACGCCAUAACCUGAACGUGUUUGCGUGCUUCGUUUACAUUCGAGUCCGUUUUUAAGAUGCAACCACAGACUCAAAGGCAAAGGUGCGCUUUUGCAAAGACCUGGGUCCGCAGGCGCUUGGCUUCUGUGAAAGAGCUGAUGCGCUACUUGAUCCCAGUGGUCAGGCUGAACAUAAGAGGGCGCUCCCAUUGCACCUGGCUGUGCUGCCCUAUCCACCCUAGACACACGGAGAGCCGGACACCAGCCUCUCUCGUGGGGUCUGCAGCGGUAAACAGCGCAGGCUCAACUGUUACAUUCGAUUGAUUAUUGAGAGAGAGGAAAAAAGGGGGGAAAGAACGAUAAACAUGAUUUUAAGAAAAUUGUAUUUUCUCGAAAUUUCAAAUUAUUCCGCAUCAGUAAGUUGUACCUUUUUAUGAAAAAUAAGAAUAUAUUGAAAAGUUUUUAAAUGUCUGUAUUUACAGUUAAGAUGGGUAACCUGGGCUCCAGUCUUUCUAGCCUAUUAUCAGCCCAGCUGGGGUCACUGAGCGGAGGAUCGAACCCGCGGGCCGUGCGUGUGGCGUCUUUUAAAUGUGUCAUUAACAUCUUCAGUUAAAAGCAAAAUCAAUUUAAUUUUCGUCGUUAAAAAAAAUAUUUGUGUUGUUUCCCUUUGUGUCUCAGCCUGAGCUUCGAGUCCACACGCAAUUUUUAUUUAUAUUUUCACAGCAUAAGCUCGCUCAGGCGGUUUCCUUAAGAAUUUCCUGAUGCCCUUUUCAUAUCUGUUUACCAUAGCCUGAACACAUGACUGACACUCCUCUUGUUAAUAUUGCAGCCUAUGAACAUCUUAAAUCCCCAAAUCCUUCGGAAUAUAAUGGUCGUUAUCUCUUUAUAAAGUUAUAUGACUUUUCUCGAUAGCAGCUUUCAUCUUUAAAUACUUUCACCCCUGCUCAUUUCCUCUGUUUCCCUUUGUGCUUUGUCUGGGAUUCCGAGUGCAUGGCGUACACGCGCGGGCACGCGUAACACGCGAGCACGGUAGCCGAUCUGUUAAAUAAAGUAAAUGUAAUUUAAUUUGAACACAUUAAAGUAAAUAUUUCUAAAAGCUGACAAGUGCUACACGUGGGUCUCUGACAACCAUCACAGAGUUCCGGUCCAAGCACGUUAGUGACGAUUAUUGGGGGGAGGGGGGCUCUGCCCUCUGAAUGCACAGUUUUGUUCCUUGCAGUCCUUCAUAUGGUCAAGCACUUUCAUGUGCUCCGCAUCUACGGAGAAUUUUGCAUUUUUAAGCUCCUCUGCCUUUCUUUGUCAUAUCCACGGGCUGUCAUAGCCACAGGUUGUGUUGAAUUUGCAAUGCCACUCAUCGAUGUAUGCCUAUUGAGGCUGGCACGUGGACAGUUAUCCUUCCCACUGAGAGGCGCAAUUGAAUGGUGGUAACACAAAAGCUUCAGACCCUGUCAGUUCCCCCUUUUUCUCUUUUCAGUGAUGCAUAGGCCCUAAAAGCAUCAAGGCCUCUGCCUGGCUGCUCUGCCUUUGAUUUAGCCUACACUAUACUCAAUAUGGUCGCUGAUGGAGUAAUAUCAAUCAGGCCUUUGCAUAAAUUUGUAAACUGAAGUUUGCAUUGUUAGGCUUUAGGCGACUGACUGGCUCAAAGCUGCCUCCUACAAGCCUCAAAUUACACCACACUCUUUUAUUAUCUCGUAGCCCCUUUAACUCCUCUCGCACGCUGUUUUCAACCUAUUCAUUUUUACAAUCUCUUCUUCCCGAGAGAGCAGACACGUCGCAAAUCCUCGAGAUUCCUGCAGACUGCCUCUCACACUGCAAAAAUGCGAGCUGUUCGAAGGGGCGAUGCAGUUGUCUUGUUUUUCUAAGAGGGGCAUGCUAUACAGGCGAUGCCGCAUUGCUUAAAAACAGGUAUCAGUGCCUGCCGUGGCUUGUGGAAGGCAAGUGCUGAGGAAAUGCCGUGUUACAGCACACCAUAUAUUUUACCAGCAGAGAGAGAGAGAGAGGGGAGAGACAGACAGAGAGGGAGGGAGGGAGGGAGGGAGGGAGAGAAAGAGAGCGAUGGAAGGGGGGAGUUGGGUCUUGGCCAUAUAGGAUACAAUGUAAGAAGUUUGAUUUUCAUAGGCUCUUCAAAUGAAUAUAUGCUAUUGGAUCUGUAGAAACGCCGGGUCCCAUGGGGGUUUCAUAACCUUUCUAACCUUUAAGUCAAAGGCCCCUGGAAAAUAUAAAAUAUGGUCUAGCUAUUUCAUCUACCAUCUUCGCCACUGCACCAUCACAAAAGGCUAAACACAUCGGCUGUGUGAGAUCCUCGAAAAAAAUAACUAAAAAUGAAACAGAUUAGAUUUGUCUGUGCCAUGCAUUUCUAUCCGACACACGCGAAAACAAGCAAACAAACAAAUACAUGUUCGGUAGAUUUAUUAACCCGGUUAAAAGUCGUUUCUUACCACAGCUUUGUAUACUGGGUACUUUGAAUCUGUAUGAUUGGGCAAUGUUUCGACCGGGCUAUGUUUGCCUUUUAACUGUUAACUCUGCGUCUGAAUUCACCAUAUAGACCCAGACUAACAAAUCCGUAUUGUUUCAAUAAACAUGGCACGUUGUGUUAUCAGGGAAAGCUACUGCUUGUAUUCAGUGGACCAGGGACUCUAUAUGGAAGUGUUUGCACAGAAAGUGUGCACACUGAGAGUGAGGGAUUGUCCAUUUCCUCGGAGAAUCAACAAUAAAAUUAUCAUAACAAAGAGCACUGAGAGACUCAAAGGUUGAUUUUUUGCAAUGCGGUCUUUUCAUUCGGAGGAAACGAUGGGACAUCAGUUACAGAGGAGACGUGCUUUACGGAAAUAUUAUUAAGACAAACAAACGUAGAACCUCAACAAAUUCAUGUUCGGAUCGAUCAUAAAGGCUUUCAGAAUUUCCUGAACACGAAACACCUCAGGAUGAGAUGAGACACUGACCACCUGGGCUUCCUGUCAUAAUAUCAGUGUAAUUAUCACAGCAUAGCAAAUUCCAUGCAUACAGGCCGGAGUGGACCAAAAAAACAAAAAAACGCCUGACACAACUCUGUCACCUUGUCACACAUUUAUAGUGUUAUUAUUAUUAUUUAAGAGAAGGUGCACUUAUUGAACAUGAUGCUGCCAACAAACAAAAUCAGUUUAGUAAUAGAUGUCUUGAUAGCCUGUUUCCCCAUCACUCCUCUGUGUUUCAGCAAGCCUUUCACUGAUGUGCUGGGUAAGAAAAAAUAUAUGUAUAUUUUUUAAAUAGCUGCUGCAGGCUUAUGCAUAUUAUAAAUAGCCUUAAAAAUUAAAAUAGAUAUCAUACACAUGUAUAGGAUAGUUGUGGCUUCAACAAGUUCUUUAUUUGGCUGGGGUUUUUUAAGAAGCUGAAUUUUCUUUGCAUACUGUACGAAUAAAAAGGAGCUCUCACGAGUUUGCCAGAUUUACAGGAAAAAAGAAAAAAUAUUUAAACCUUUUAUGGGGUUCUCCUAAUAUCUUAAAUAACAAAUUCUUUUAUAUUCCAAUACUGCUAUAAGAUAUUGUGCUGAAUUUUAUUUGGACUGCAAUUUGGAGCUGGCUGUAACUGUAAGGACGACACGUCUUCUCCGUCAAACUUGCAUUUUGCUCUGUCUUAUUCUAUAAAACCGAAUUUGACAAUUUCACAUUUCCGUCAGGUGUCAUGGCUUUGUUGCUUUAUUUCACUUAAAUAUACGCACACAUAUUUUUAUGCGACUUAAGAAACACCUCAUUGCACUAAAGUUGCAGUAGACUUUCAUAUACGUCUCACCAUUAAGCCAGUCACCGUUGUUUUAAUUUGAUUUGAUUUUUAAUUGAGAAAUAAACGCAAGAAUUCAAAAGGAUUCCCUUCCAUGUUUUUGCAAGGGUCGAUCUACACGAAGUUGAUCAAAGUUUGACAUUUUUGAAGGCGCGCAACACCGCUGUUUAAUGCCAACUUCAGUCUCUGGGCAAGUGGCUUUCCUCUUAAUGCUUCAAAAUUUAUAAAUAUACACGUACAUAUAACCCGUUAGUUCUAAUAUCCAGGGAACUAAGCAAGCUCUUUUUUCCCCUUUGAUUUUUGCGGGUUACAAUAGUAAGCUAUACCCUGGCAUCCUGCAUGCUGCUGUUACAGUACACUUUUGCAUAGAUGUGGAAAUCGCUUUGAAAAAAAUAAUCAUUUCCCCCCCGCAAAUGUUUAUUGUAGUUCUUUACAAACACGACAGCUCGCUGAAUGGUUACAGGUACACUGUGCCGAUGACUAGCAGGCGAACUUUUCUGGUCAUUUCAGCUGCCGAGAGUCUGUUUUGGUUUUCAAUAACUUCUUUAAACGUACAAUCUAAACUCACUUUUUUAAAAAAAAAAGAAGAAACAUAACCCUCUGUGCAGCUUUGACGAGACCAAAUUGGCUCACAUGGACUCAAAAGAGACGGAAUAAAAUAAAGCCGGGCUGCUUAUGCGCUUUAAGUGACCGAAACAUGUGCAUAUCUUUCAUUUUAAAAAGCAAAAACCGCGACAAGAAAACGUUUCAAAAAAGUGGAGGAAAAAAAAAGAGCGGAAGAAAAGCUGCGUCCGUGGCACCGGGCUUUGCCUGCUACGGCUGCCUGCUCCACUAUUAACUUUCGCUGCCUUUCCUCUAAUCAAACUCUUACUUUCCGCUGUUCUUAAUUCCAUAUUUUCAAUUCCUGAUCAUUACUUUCCUCUUUUUUCUACUUGUAUCUAUCCAUCCAUCCCUCCCUCCCUCCUCUUUCUCCCUCCCUCCCUCCCUCUCUCUCCCGAGCUCUCUCCUUUGCUGAAUCUUAUUGAUCCAGAAGGCGGCUAAUUAGCCCUUCCCUUCGUGCCUGUGUAAUGAAGCACAUGCGCACUGAAUUAAUCACAGCCAUUUUUUGCAGGAAACUAAUUAGCAGGAAUAAAGAUCCAAAGAGUUUUUUCUUUUCAAUCAUCAGAUCUCACUUUCACCUCUUCCUCGCUCCCUCUAACACAAGACUCAUCGCCUGCUUUGCAUCCAAAUUAUUUUUAUAUUGCCUUUAACAACUAAUAGUACCUACUUCGUUUUUUACACUCCGCAACAACAAUGAUCUUUCUUUUGCCACCCUAAGCGCAAACUGACCAAAAGGGGACUGCCUUGAUGGGAUCUUUAGCUAAAUCAUCUCAAUACUGGAUUAAAAAGCGAGGAUCACAAACCGGCAGCGAGAAAUUGCCUGGAUGCGAUGAAUGCCUCAUGUAGGCAUCAGCAUGGACAGCUGUGAGUCUCCCGUGGUUUCUGGGACAGACGAUGGGCUCGGCUCCUCCCAGCAGCAGCAACCACCUCAGCCCUGGAACGAUCACAAUAGCUCACAGGUCACCUGCACCAACCAGGCACCUUCCCUGGACCCGCUGUCUCUCUCUGGUCCCUACCCCUCUCAGUCCCAAAACUCUAUUGCACCUCAUGACAGGGUAAGAGAACUACAGUCUCAGCAGCAGCAGCAGCCAAAACAGACAUCACCCCAGACCCACCGUGAUAGCUCUGCCACAGGCCAGCUGCAUCCCAGAGGUGACGGUCUUGACGAAGAAGACCAAGAGGGAGUGAGCUGUGGAGAAGAGGAAGAAUCUGAGGACUUAGAUGAAAUGGAGAUUGACAACUGUUUCCCUAGUCUUCAACCUUUUCCUGGGAUGCCAAUAGCUUCAGGGGGAGGAGGUAUGCCCACUCUUCUGCGGCAUCAGCCCACACAACAGCAGGGACCACCUGAGAGUGGGAGUGAGGAAGGGGAGGAGGAAGAGGAAGAGGAGAGCAGUGAUGUGGAGAACCUGGCUGGUGAGAUAGUCUACCAACCAGAUGGCUCAGCCUACAUUGUGGAGAGCCUCAGUCAGUUGAUCCAAAGUAGUGGAGGCAUGGUACCCAGCCUGCUUCCUACAAACUCUCUCUCGAGUGGGGGGAAACCAGGGGAACCUGCUGGGACUUCGUCCUCAGUUUACCCACAGAUCAUCAACACGUUCCACAUAGCCUCGUCCUUUGGAAAGUGGUUUGGUAAUUCAGACCAAGGUUUCCCCAAUACCUCAACAAUGGCAGGCCUUAGCCCUGUCCUGCACAGUUUCCGUGUCUUCGAUGUGCGGCACAAAAGCAACAAGGAUUACCUGAACAGCGAUGGGUCUGCCAAGAAGUCCUGUGUAUCCAAAGAUGUUCCCAACAAUGUGGAUUUCUCCAAAUUUGAUGGGCUAGCCCUAUACGGCAAGGGUAAGCCCAUUCUCAUGUGUUUUCUCUGCAAGCUGUCCUUCGGCUAUGCCCGUUCCUUUGCCACUCAUGCUGUCCACGAUCACCGCAUGACACUGUGUGAAGAUGAGCGGCGGCUGUUAGGAGAUAAGCAUGCAUCUGCCAUUAUCCAGGGCAUUGGGAAGGACAAAGAGCCCCUCAUAAGUUUCCUGGAACCAAAAAAUAAGAGCACUCCUCUGCCAUCUACGCUGCUCCCUCUUAACUCUGGACAGAGCUUCUAUGGCACAUUUAGUGGUGUCCAUCUAGAGCCUGGAAGCAGCAGUGGGGGCAGUGAGACCCUCCUGAACAAAGACUCUGACUCUGGCCUCCACCAACAGCAGCAGCAACAACCCCCAUUAGGCUCAGUGCUUUCUCUUGGAGGGCUGAGCAUUCCCAAAGUGUCCACUCUUACCUCAUCCCCAGGCUCUGCCAAAGACUCCAGUGCCCUGCCCAAACAGGGAGGGAGAACAGAGGAGCCUGCUGGGAAAGAGUUGGCUUGCAAGGGAGAAGAUGGGAACACUAAGGGACAUGAAAGCAAGGCACACUUAUCCAGCCAGACCGGGGGCUCUGAGGAGGACGAGGAACUGUUAUUAGGGGCAGAGGAAGAUGAGGCAGAAAGCACUGCAAUGGCCUGUGGUGGUAACAGUAGCAGCGGUGGGGGUGAAGCGGGGGAACCAGCUGUCUCAAACCAAAGCAUUUCCAAAUCUCCUUUAUUAAUGCCUAGUAGCACUCUCCAGCCUUCUCCCUGCACCUCUGCAGUCAGUUCCACACUUAACAGCAAAGCCCUUGCUUCCAUUUCCUCCUCUGUCAAGGAAGAGGGUUCAACUGCAGAUGGUGGAGGGAGGACCUCAGAGCUCCCUCUGAGCUUUAACUGCCAGGGACCUACUGUUCCCAUGGCACUGGUGACAGCUGCCGUCAGAAGGAGCGAGGAUGAAACUUCUGGCACUUCCUCCUCGCCUCUGUCCACCAAUGCUGCUGCUGAUGAAAGUGCCAAUCGAGAUAGUGCCACAGCUCCAGAACCAAAUGAUUGCCCUGCAGAGGGAGAGGAGGAAAAUGGAGCCCUUCUGCAUCAUCACCACGUGCACCACCAUCAUCAUCACCUCCACCCUUCAUCUCAUGGUCACUCGCACCCCCUCCCAGGGGGUUCCUGUGACAUAACAGGAAUGGGUGAGUGUUCACAGAACCAUGGGCCCAGUGGCAGUGGAGGUAGUGGGGUCGAAUGCCCUAAAUGUGACACUGUUCUGGGUUCCUCACGUUCUUUGGGUGGUCACAUGACCAUGAUGCAUUCGCGCAAUUCAUGCAAGACACUCAAGUGUCCCAAAUGCAACUGGCAUUACAAGUACCAGCAGACUCUGGAGGCCCACAUGAAAGAGAAGCACCCAGACUCUGGAGGCUCUUGCGUAUACUGCAGCAGUGGUCAGAGCCACCCUCGUCUGGCUCGUGGAGAAAGCUACACCUGUGGAUACAAGCCCUUCCGGUGUGAGGUUUGUAACUACUCCACCACCACAAAGGGAAACUUAAGCAUCCACAUGCAGUCAGACAAGCACCUGAACAAUAUGCAGACACUGCAGAAUGGAGGCUCCAUUGGUUCUGCACAGGACCAGGUGUUUGGACAUACCCCAGGAGGAGUGGUGGCUGUCCCGUCAGUCACCCAGGCCAGUAGCCAUCACCCUCCCCACCACCAUCCUUCACAAUCCUCCACUCAUAUGUCCGGACCUUGUGGGGUCCCCUCCCCAACCAAGCCGAAGAGCAAACCUUCUUGGAGGUGUGAGGUGUGUGACUACGAGACCAAUGUGGCACGGAACCUACGUAUUCACAUGACUAGUGAAAAGCACAUGCACAACAUGAUGCUGCUCCAGCAGAAUGUGACUCAGAUGCAGCACGGGCGACUUGGCUUGGGUGCUAUGCCUUCGCCCUCUGAGGCUGAGCUCUACCAGUAUUACCUGACGCAGAACAUGAGCCUUCCACCAAGCCUCAAGAUAGACCCAACUGGAGCUGAGGCCCAGUUCCUGAUGGGGAGCUUUCACCUUGAUCCGAACAUGGCUGCCUUGGCUCCUGCACUUGUAGGUGGGGAAAUCCCUAUGGAUGUGCGGCUAGGUGGUGGGCAGUUGGUGUCCGAAGAACUGAUGACCCUGGGAGAAAGUUUAUCGCAGACUACAGAUCCCUCUCUCAAGCUCUUUCAGUGCGCUGUGUGCAACCGCUUCACCACUGAUAACCUGGAUGUGCUUGGCAUGCAUAUGGGAGCUGAACGGAGCCUUCCGGAGGAGGAGUGGCGUGCCGUUGUUGGAGACUCGCAUCAGUGCAAGUUGUGCCACUACACUACUCAGCUCAAGGCCAACUUCCAGCUGCACUGCAAAACAGACAAGCAUGUGCAAAAGUACCAGCUUGUGGCCCACAUCAAAGAAGGGGGCAAAGGCAACGAAUGGCGCCUGAAAUGUGUAGCCAUAGGCAAUCCGGUGCACCUAAAGUGCAACGCCUGCGACUACUACACUAAUAGCCUGGAGAAGCUGAGGAUGCACACUGUCAAUUCCCGCCAUGAGGCUAGCCUUAAACUGUACAAGCACCUGCAGCAGCACGAAAACGCGGUGGAGGGUGAUGCCUGCUACUACCAUUGUGUGCUGUGCAACUACUCGACCAAGGCCAAGCUCAACCUGAUCCAGCAUGUGCGCUCUAUGAAGCACCAACGCAGUGAGAGCCUCAGGAAGCUUCAGCGCUUGCAGAAGGGCCUGCCAGAGGAGGAGGAGGACCUCAGCUCCAUCUUUACCAUCCGCAAAUGCCCUUCUUCAGAUACAGGAGAGCUGAGCGAGGAUGUGGAGGCUGCUAGUGAGACCACCACAGACCAGGAGGACCAAACCAAAGACAGAGAAAGUGGGGGGGAGAAGGAGCUCACCAAAGGGACAGCUUUGUCCGGCCACUUGGAACGGCACCAGUCAGGUUCACCAAUUCCUUCCAAAAGGCCCUCUUCACGGUCAGAGGCCUCAGAUAGCCCACUCUCUUCGAAACGACCCAGGACAGCUGAGAAGGGUGCUGCGGAGCAGAUGUACCAGUGCCCGUACUGCAAGUUUACCAACACGGAUCUGAAUCGCCUCAGAAUGCACGUGAUGACACAGCACUCUGUCCAGCCCAUGUUACGUUGCCCGUUGUGCCAGGACAUGCUCAACAACAAGAUCCACCUGCAGUUUCACCUCACACAUCUCCACAGCGUGGCACCCGACUGCGUUGAUAAGCUCAUUGCCACAGUGACGACAACUGAAGCACUACCAGCAAGCAUGUUCAUACCUGUGCCGAGUCCAGACAGAGAGCCGCAGAGCACCCCUCAUGCUACAUCCAACUCUAACGCUGAAGAUACAAAGAAGCAAGCUGAUGCAUCAGAUGCUGAUCCAGAAAAAGGGGUGUCACUCCCUACUGAAAUAGCUGAAGCUCGCAAGUCACCUCUGGAAGAUCAACAAUCAGAACGGGAGGAUGCCACAGGAUUCCUGUGCUGGAAAAAAGGCUGUAAUCAAGUGUUCAAGACCUCUAACUCCCUACAAAUGCACUUCAAUGAGGUUCACAACAAAAGGCACCAGUUGCCUGUUUCAGAUCGGCAUGUCUACAAGUACCGCUGCAACCAGUGUAGUCUGGCCUUCAAGACUGUGGAGAAAUUACAACUCCAUUCACAAUAUCAUGUGAUCAGGGCAGCCACCAUGUGCUGUCUUUGCCAGCGAAGCUUCAGAACACUACAGGCGCUGAAGAAGCAUUUAGAAACCAGCCACCUGGAACUGAGUGAAGCUGACAUCCAGCAGCUGUAUGGGGGAUUAUUGAUGAAUGGUGACAUUAUGGCAAUGGGUGAUCCAAGCCUUGGUGAAGAACAUGGAAGUCUGGGAGAGGAUGACAAAGAUGGAGAUGAAAGUGAUCCAGAGGAAAAACAAAGCCCGACAGGCAGUGACUCUGGCUCACUGCAGGAAGAUUCUGGAUCUGAACCUAAACGUGCAUUGCCAUUCAGAAAGGGCCCUAACUUUACGAUGGAGAAAUUCCUAGAUCCAUCUCGUCCUUUUAAGUGCACUGUAUGCAAAGAGUCUUUUACACAGAAGAACAUCCUUCUGGUUCAUUACAACUCUGUCUCCCACCUACACAAGGUGAAGAGGGCUCUUCAGGAGUCUACUACCGGUCAACCUGAGCCUACCAGCAGCCCUGACAACAAGCCAUUCAAAUGCAGCACUUGUAAUGUGGCAUAUAGCCAGAGUUCAACUUUGGAAAUCCACAUGCGCUCUGUUCUACACCAGACCAAAGCUAGGGCAGCCAAACUUGAGGCAGCAGGGGGGAUCACUAGCUCUGCAAGCGCUACUGGUUUAAGCAGUGGAGGAUCCGGCAUGAGCACAUCAACAUCGAGUCCAAGCCCAGCCAGCAACUCAAACACUAGCUCCACCAACCACAGCUCUUCUGGGAGUCAGGCAGCCCAGAAUAUUCUAGGAGGAAACCACACAAGCCAGACUCACAGCACUGAAAACCAGGGGAAUUCCUCGAUGAGCUGCCACUCCUCACCAUCUGAGAACCACGAAGUGAAAAAGUCCAAAUUUUCAGACAUUCUCUCUGCAAGGGGGCAACAGCAACAGCAACAGCUUCAGCAGCAACAGCAAUUGGCUCAGGCUCAAGCCCAAGCUCAAGCACAGCUUCAACAAGAGCUCCAGCAGCAAGCUGCUCUUCUACAAUCGCAGCUGUUCAACCCAGCACUUCUGCAGCACUUCCCGAUGACAACUGAUGCACUUCUGCCUCUGCAGCAGCAGCAGUUGCUGUUUCCUUUCUAUAUCCCUGGAGCAGAAUUUCAGCUAAAUCCUGAGAUCAACAUCAGCAGCUCAGCACUUGGCUUAGCUGGAUCCCCCAGCUCUUCUUUGCUUGAAGAUCUUAAAAACUCAGCCCAACAGAGUUGCUUGCAGCAGCAAUUGAUGCACCACCACCUUCAGCAGCAACAGCAGCAGCAACAGCAACAACAACAACAGCAGCAGCAACAGCAGCAGCAACAACAAUCACACUUGCAGGUUCAGAGCCAAAUGGCGUUGCUGCAACAGAGUGCAUCACUCCUCCAACAGGCUGAAUUAAAGCAGAAACCUCCCUCCUCUCAGAAUGACAAGGACAGAGAAAUACAAAGGGAGAGGGAUGCAAGCGAAAAAAAUGAGGACUAUGUAAAUAAGGAUUCUGCAGACAGCAAGCCAAAAGAAAGGGAUAGUCAGCAUAUUUCAAUAAACAUAAACCAUGAUACUGGCUUGCCUCCACCAAGGAUUGCUUCAGAUGCUCGAGGAAAUGCAACUAAAGCCCUGCUGGAAAAUUUUGGGUUUGAGUUAGUAAUUCAGUACAAUGAAAAUAAACAGAAAGCUCAGAAAAAGACAGCUGGACCUACUGGAUCAAGUGGUCCAGGUGGAAUAACAAGAGUCAUAGAUCCCAUUGGGGGAUUGGAGAAGCUGGAAUGUGAAGCCUGUGGCAAGCUGUUUUCAAACAUACUGAUUCUGAAGAGUCACCAGGAGCAUAUCCACCAGGCUUUCUUUCCAUUCCGAUCCCUUGAGAGGUUUGCCAAGGAAUACAGAGAACAUUAUGAUAAGCUCUACCCACUGAGACCGCCUACACCAGAGGCUGCUCCAGCUCCACCACCUCCUCCUCCUCCACCCCCACCUCCUCCUCCACCCCAAAGAGCUCCCACACCAAAUAUACCUGUGUCUAAUGCCUCACUCACACCUCCAACCGUGCCACCUCCACAGGCACCAGUUCCGAUGACACAAAUACCCAUGCCAAUGGAUUUGCCACUCUUCUCCCCACUUAUGAUGCAGCCCAUGUCUCUUCAGUCCCUGCCUACUCAGUUGCCUCCCCAGUUGCCGUCUGUUGAGCCAAGCCUGGCCUCAGACCUGGCCCAACUCUACCAACAGCAACUGACACCAGCCAUGCUGCAGCAGAACAAGAGGCCACGGACACGCAUCACCGACGACCAGCUUAGGGUCCUACGACAGUACUUUGAUAUCAACAAUUCACCAAACGAGGACCAGAUCAAAGAGAUGGCAGACAAGUCAGGCCUUCCACAAAAAGUGAUAAAGCACUGGUUCAGAAACACCCUUUUCAAAGAAAGGCAGCGCAACAAAGACUCGCCUUACAAUUUCAACAAUCCACCAACAACAACUCUGGAAGAUACUAAAAUUGAUUCCAAACCUCCUUCUCCUGAACCUCAGAAACACGAAUACUAUGGAAGCAAGAGAUCAUCCAGGACUAGGUUUACUGACUACCAGCUAAGAGUUCUGCAAGAUUUCUUUGAUGCCAAUGCUUAUCCGAAAGAUGAUGAAUUUGAACAGCUCUCAAACCUUUUGAGCCUCCCCACCCGUGUUAUUGUUGUGUGGUUCCAAAAUGCGCGUCAGAAAGCAAGGAAGAAUUAUGAAAAUCAAGGUGAUGGAGGGAAAGAUGGUGAAAGAAGAGAACUGUCAAACGACCGAUACAUUCGCACAUCUAACCUGAACUACCAGUGCAAGAAAUGUAGUCUCGUUUUCCAGCGUAUAUUUGAUUUAAUAAAACACCAAAAGAAGCUGUGUUACAAAGAUGAAGAUGAGGAUGGACAGUAUGACAGCCAAAAUGAGGAUUCAAUGGAUCUUUCCCAUGAAUGUUACACUCCCUCUGGGUCUUCCUGUCACACCCCAAUGCCCUCCUCUUCAAGUCUCUGCCCACUUCCACCCACGACUUCAGCAUUCUCACACCUCCCUUCCACCGAGAAAGAGGAGGCAUCACCAGCAACCACCUCAAACCUCUAUGAUGAGAAGCCCAAGCAGUUACCAGAAAUAACCGCUGAUCCGCGAGAAAACCAAAUCUCCAUUAAGCAGGAAAUUGUGCACCAACCUCAAUCUGAGGCACAACACCAGAGACCACAGAGAGAAGAGAAGAUCCAAAAUGUUUCUAAGCCCUCCAAGCAUUCAACUCCUUCCUUUUCUCAGCAGCAACAGCAGAGUGGUCUGUCAGCCUCACAGACAAGCCAGCCUUCAUCACAAAGCUCUCACAUGGGCCUCAAUCCACACUUGACCUCUGCCACACAACAACUGGCACAGCAGAUGAUCCCAUACCAGUGUGAGCAGUGCAAAAUUGGCUUCCCUUCCUUUGAGCACUGGCAGGAACACCAGCAAUUACACUUCCUUUCUGUGCAAAAUCAAUUCAUCCACCCGCAGUUCCUCGACCGUCCAAUUGACAUGCCUUUCAUGCUUUUUGAUCCUAGCAAUCCUCUCCUGGCAACCCAGCUAAUCUCUGGGAUGCCACAAAUUCCAAGCAGCUCUGCCACCUCUCCGUCCACCCCAACCUCCACUAUGAACUCCCUGAAAAGGAAGUUAGAGGAGAAAGCUAGCACUAGUCCAGGAGAAAACGAUAGCACAAAUAGUGGAGAAGAGCCACAACGAGACAAGCGGCUUAGAACCACCAUCACACCUGAACAGCUAGAGAUCUUAUAUCAGAAGUAUUUAUUAGAUUCUAAUCCUACGCGUAAAAUGCUUGACCACAUUGCUGUUGAGGUGGGUUUGAAAAAGAGAGUUGUGCAAGUGUGGUUCCAGAAUACCAGAGCCAGAGAGAGAAAAGGCCAGUUUAGAGCUGUUGGGCCAGCCCAAGCUCAUCGUAGGUGUCCUUUUUGUCGAGCUCUUUUUAAAGCAAAGACUGCCCUUGAAGCACACAUUCGCUCUCGUCACUGGCAUGAAGCCAAACGUGCUGGAUAUAAUUUAACUCUCAGCGGUAUGUUACCUGAGCAGGAGAACCUGCAAAUAAAAAUGGAUGCUCUUGAUACAUCAGGUUACUCCCAGCUACCCCCUACUACAAACAGUGAUGGACAAAGCUCCUCCAUGUCACCCGUGAACAAAGGCUUGGACUUGUCUCCAAGGGGUCUACUGAGCCCUUCGUCCAUCAAAGUUGAAGGAAUGGAAGACUUUGAGAGUGCCACCAUGUCCUCUAUGAACCUGAACUUUGAUCAGAGCAAACUCGAUAAUGAUGACUGCUCUUCUGUGAAUACAGCCAUUACAGACACAACCACAGGUGAUGAGGCUAAUGCUGAUAAUGACAGUGCUGAUGCAAAGCACAGCCAAAUUAGUGGCGAUUACCUGUCUAAGUCUGGGGGCACCGCUCCCAUCCUUGAAAAUGAUGACCAGAUGUCCUCAGGGCUAGUAAGCCCUGCAACAAGCUUUUAUGCUAAGGACUAUGAAAAUGAAAAUAUGAUUGACCACAGUGAGACGUCCAGUCUGGCUGACCCCUGCUCACCAAGUCCUGGAGCCUCUGGUAGCAGGAGCCUUGAAGGUGGAGAUAGACCUGGCCAAAAGCGCUUCCGAACCCAGAUGACUAACCUCCAGCUGAAAGUGUUAAAAUCCUGUUUUAACGACUACAGGACACCUACCAUGCUGGAAUGCGAGGUACUUGGCAAUGAAAUUGGACUGCCAAAGAGAGUGGUUCAGGUGUGGUUUCAAAAUGCUCGCGCAAAGGAGAAAAAGGCAAAGCUCAAUAUGGCCAAGCACUUCGGAAUAAAUCAGACGUCUUACGAGGGGCCGAAGACUGAGUGCACUUUGUGUGGUGUUAAAUACAGCGCUCGCCUCUCUGUUCGUGAUCACAUUUUCUCCCAGCAACACAUCUCUAAGGUGAAGGAUACCAUUGGCAGCCAGAUCGAUAAAGAGAAAGAGUACUUUGACCCAGCUACUGUCCGCCAACUUAUGGCCCAGCAAGAAAUGGACCGCAUUAAGAAGGCCAAUGAAGUUUUAGGAUUGGCGCAGCAACAGGCCAUGCAGCAGCAGGGGAUGUUUGAUAACCCUGCAAUGCAGGCUUUAAAUCUCCAGUCGGCCUAUCCAAACCUGCAAGGCAUCCCACCUGUCCUUUUACCAGGGGUUGGCAGCCCCUCUCUUUCCAGCUUUAACUCAUCUAAUUCAGCUUUAACUCCUCCAAAACCUUCAAACCUCCUGAACAUGCCUGGUGCCAGUGUUCCCUCACCUAGCCUCCCCACAUCUGGAUUGCCCAACAAGCCUCCCUCCUCAUCGUCUCUCACUGCAUCCAGCCCAGCCCAGACCAACACGUCUACUUCCCACUCAAACCCCACCUCCAACUCCACGUCCUCAACCAGUCAGUCGCGACCUGAACCCCCCAAAGAACGAGAUGCUGAGAGAGUAAAAGAGAAGGAGAAGGCCAAGGAAAAGACAGACAAGCCCUCAACUCCAUCAUCAACUGGAAGCACCCCCGCCCCUUCCACUUCUGCUGCCAGCGCCAAAAAGGAGAAACCCGACACAGCUGUUCCUGCCACUUCUAUGCCCACACCUGGAAUGGAGUAUGUGGUAGAUCCUGCCCAGCUUCAGGCCCUCCAGGCUGCUUUGGCAUCAGAUCCCACAGCUCUCCUCACAAACCAGUUUCUACCCUACUUCAUGCCUGGCUUUUCCCCAUAUUAUACCCCUCAGAUUCCUGGGGCUCUACAAGGGGGCUACCUGCAACCAAUGUAUGGUAUGGAAAGUCUCUUCCCUUACAACCCAGCAUUGUCACAAGCACUGAUGGGCCUGUCUCCAGGGUCCCUACUGCAGCAUUACCAGCAAUAUCAGCAGAGCUUGCAGGAGGCACUACAGCAGCAGCAGCGGCAGCUUCAGCAGAUCCAGCAACCCAAGGCGAGCCAAACUUCAGUUCCCCCUCAAACCUUGGGGGAUCGCAAAGAUUCUGCCAAAGAUUCAGCGAAAUCAGAGGAGCAAAAGGGCAAUCCACAAAGUGAACCUCCCACUUCCUCCUCGUCCUCUUCCUCCUCGUCCUCCUCCUCCUCUUCUCAUACUACAGUACCCUCCGAGCAGAAUGAGAUGGAUGGCAAAGCUGUGGACACCCAUCUAGACCAGUAUAUCGUCCCCAAGGUGCAGUAUAAACUGGCAUGCCGCAAGUGUCAAGCUGUUUUCACCAAGGAAGAAGCGGCUAUUACCCACCUUAAAUCGAACUGCUUUUUCGGUCAGUCUGUGGCAAACCUGCAAGAGAUGUUGCUGCGUGUCCCCGGUGGCGUAGGUGUAGGGGCUGGAAGUCUCUAUGACUGCCUGGCUUGUGACACUACGUUGGAUGGGGAGAAAGCACUCAGUCAACACCUAGAAUCGGCAUUGCACAAACACAGAACAAUCAAGAGAUCGGUCAGAAAUGCCAAAGAGCACGCUACUAGUUUAUUACCUCACUCUUCAGCCUGCUUCCCCAAUCCUAACACCGCAUCUACCUCGCAGUCUGCCACUCAUCCCAUCAGCAGCCCUCCUCCCCCGCCAACAACAUCAGCCACCAUGCCAUCCUCUGCUGUCUCCUCAUCUUUGUGCUCCUCCUCUACUACCCAACUCAACACCACAGCUGCCGGAAAACCCUGGCCCCAGGCCCCUUUCCCCAGAGCUUUAGCUGGGAAGCCCAAUGCUAGUCCCUCCUCUUCUUCCUCCUCUUUUCCUCCAGUGUCCUCACCUUCAACGGUUACCUCAAGUUCAUUGAGCACCUCAGGAGUUCAGACCUCGAUACCAACAGACGUCUUUACCGACGAGUCUGACUCUGACAGCAGUCAGAAGUCAGCAAACAGGCUGGGCAGGACGGCGGAGGAGCCGCAGCAGCCUGGCUUUGUCAAAGACAGUAAUAGUUGUAGUAGUAAUCUUGCUAGUGUAGGAACAGACUCCAUCAGAUUGUAAAAGAGCUUUCAGUGAUGGACGAUAUUUAAAAAAAACUCCCUAAAAGACAAAAAAAAAAAAUCCAAAAAUUAAAAAAAACCAUAAAAAGCAGCAAUGUUAAAAAUACAUUAAAAGUAUACAAACCAAUUUCAGAAAAAGAUGUGUAAAGACUAACUGCAAUUCCAAAGCUUGUAACCAAAAAUUUAAAUGUUAGUGGAUUGUUUUCCCAUAUCAACAUGCUGGUUUUCAUUUUUGUAUUUCUUUGUUUUUCUUUUGUUUUUGUUUUAACUCAACCGAAGCGCACCGAUCAGCCACAACAUUAAAACCACCUGCAUUAAAUUGUGUAUGUCCCCAUUGUGCCAGCAAAAUAGUUUAUGACCCAUCAGGGCACGGACACUUGACCCUUCGGUGUGUCCCGUGGUUUCUGGUACUGGGAUGUCGGCUGCAGACUGGGAUUGCGUUGAGGUCCGGGGAGGUUGAAGGAGGUUAACGCCUUAGGUUCUUUGUCGUGUUCCUUAAUCCUGCUGUGCGGUUGGUCAAAAUACCAUCCGCAUGAAUGCCAAGGUUUCCCAGCAUCACACUGUAACGAGGUGAACAAUUUCUUUUUUUUAAUCACCUGUCAGUGUUUUUAAUGUCGUGGCUAAUCUGUGUACAGGCAUACUAAUAUGUGAGAACAGAAAAAGAUCGCUGCAGUUACGUUUUGGGUAAUGGUGGAGGAAUGCUGUACUGUAUGGCAAUGGACUGCCUCAAAGUUGACAGAUGGCCCAAGAACCCUUUUGAAGAAAUGCAAGUCAACGAGCUGUCCCUUUGUUUUGUAAUAAUUUCUACUUAAUAGCACAGCCACAAAAAGCCAGUAUGUACUGUAUGGGAGAAUAGUCUAUCAGUUUUCUUGCUAUUUAAGCAUUCAGAUACCAAUGGCUUGCAAAAGUGAAAGAAUAAUGUAAUGUCUAUUUUAUUCUCAGGUCAACAGCUCACAGAUGUUUUUCUGUUACAGAAAUUCAUGUUUUCACCUUGUGUUUCCAACAGGAGAUGAGCAUUAUUAUUGUUUCCUUUCUGAACUUGAUUUACUAAUAGAAAGUUUAAGUUGAAUUAAAUCUUGAUAAGGCAUUGUUUCUGGGCAUUCAAAUAGGGUCAAACGAUUUGCUGAUUUCAAUAUCAGAAUUCCUUUCAAAGUGGGGAAGUUACAGUCCCGAUUAUCCCAUACAAGGAAAGCAUUGCAGAUGUGAUAACGGGCGAUGAAUAGUUUUAAUUAAAAAAGAAAAAAGAAAAAAAAGAAUCAGCCUUCUGUAUUUAUGAUAGAUACAAGCAUUUUUGGUGUUAAGUAGAAUGUUGCAUUGGAAACGAAUUUAAACAGUAUGGUAGGUUGGAGGGAAAAAAAACCUUUAUGUACAUUUAGCUUUUGUAUUGUCCAAUUUUAUGACACUUCAUUUGAUGUUGUCUUGGUCAUUCCGAUAGUCUAGAUUAUGGACAGGUAAUUUAUCGAAACUUUAUUUCUGUCUUAUUCUUAACUUCUUGGGAAACGUGAACCCAAAUGCCCCUCCUGACAAGGCAGGAUCCUCUUUUAGCAUUAUUUAAAUUUUAUGAUUUGGUUGGUAUUGCUCUAACCAAAAUGAAAAAGAUAAUGGGUGAAAUAUUGAAAGUUUUAUUUAAUUUAAUUUUUGUGUUACCUUUGUGCACUUAUCACUGUCUGACUCCUAUUUUUCACUCUUCGUUUUCCUCUCUCAGCACUUAUUUUUCUCUCUCGCUCUCCUGUGUUUGUAGAUAUGUAUACAAAGCAGGUCUUUUGUUCUUCAUGUAGUGUGGCUACGGUCUUUUUUUUUUUCUUUUUUUUUGACAUUUUUGUUGUCAUAAGUGAAAAUGAAAAAAGAAUACUAAUAAUAAUUCUCACGCUUUAAGACAAAAAGAAAAUCCAAAGACUAAACACUUUCACCAUUGGUGCAUAAAGAUGAGAAAAGAGGGUUCUUUAUACUUGAGAAUUUGUUGCUGUUUUUAGAGGAAAGAAACAAAGUUUUAAAAGAUAAAGGAGUACGCAUCAGAGUUGCCGAUUCUGCUUCUUUGCAAGCAAACAGGUGGCUUUUUUACGUAAAUACCAAAAACCAAAAAGGGCCCUUGUCCUUGCAUUGUGGAGUAGCACCGUUACAGAGCCAUUGCAGUUUGUAAGAUAGAGGUUAUUAAUCUUUGUUUGACUUUUGUCACAUUCAAAUGUCAAUUUUUUUAAGAAAAUGUAUAAGGUCUGGUCUUCAAGGACAUACGUUUUGCUGCUAAUGUAGAAUUUUGAGGAAAAAAAAAAAAGAGUACCUAGAUGCAUGCUCAUUUUGCUUUUGGCUAAGCUUUAAAACAAACAAUAAACCAAUUUCUUGCCUCUGCAACACCUUUUUUUUUUUCUUGUUGCAAAAACGGAACUUUGAAGACUGUGAAUAUAUGUUCCAAAGGACAUUUUGCCGAUUUUCUUUUUUUUGAAUAGACCAAUGUUUAAAGCCAAUGAUCUAUAACGUUUGUAAAGAACAGUGCAUUCCAAAUAUCACAAUGGAUUUUUCUUAAGCAAGGACUGAUCCUGUUUCAUUUGAUUGCUUUUAAUUGUCACAAUCUAUUUUUUCCUCAUUUUUGAAGUGACUGUAAACUGUUGUGUACAUUUUUUGCGUCAUUGGUUGCUGAAGAAAGCGACCCCCAUAUGUCAUUUUGUGCUGGCAUGGAACGUUGCUGAAAAUCCCUCCAUCCAGUCAAGGUUGUUGCUCACUUGUUAAGCAAGUAAUAGUGGUUACCAAAAAAUGUAUAUAAUACAUCUGGUACUGAUGCGUCUCAUAGGUUUAGUAACAUUUAUACCAGUCGACCUACAACUAGUCUCAGAGGGGAAUAACGGCCGUUUUGCUGAGGUGUUGUCGCUCAGUCACUUGUUGCAUGUGUCUGCAGGGUGCCACUUCCACACAUAGAUUACAGGUAGAGACAUCUUCAUUCCAAAGCAUUAUGUCUGGAAAAAGUAGGAGGUUAUUUUUGAAGAUGUCUCUUGUUUUCAAAUUGUUAGGAUGCUUUCAUGUCCAAAGAAGUCACUUACUUCAUUUUGUUGCAAUGGAAAUGGAUGUGCGUAGGUACCGCGCCCUUCUCCCUUAUGAUAUGAACACAUCAUUUCAAUUUUUCUUUUUUUUUUUAAACCAAAACCAAGACAUAUUUAAAUUUGUGGAGAACUACUUUUUUGGCCACUAUUGUAUAGUCAAUAUAUUUUGCCCUAAUGACUAAAAAGGCACAAUCUCAAAGGUGUUUAAAAAUGCUACAUCUUGUAGAGAAAUGGUAUUUGGUGUUAAUACUACAGCAUGCUGUUGGAAGUCAGUAGAUCUGGUCUGCAAGCUUGCUACUUCUCAAGUCCAGUUCCCUGAAAUACUGUUCACAUGUGCUUUCUUGUGUUGGAAAAGAAAACAAUCCCUAAGUUGUACAGUUUUUCCUCAAAAUAUGUUUGCUUUAUUUUAUUUUUCAGAUAAUGUCAGACAUGUAUUAUUUUCUUAGAAGUAUUUUAUUUUAUUUUCCGUGUAUUACUUUUUUAUCAUAAAUUAACACUAGCUUUAAAUUGAAUUGCUGAAAUUGAGAGACAAAAACAAAAAUUAUGACCUGGCCACUUUAUAUUCAUUGUCUCAAUGAUACUUUUUGCUCUUUUUUUCCAAAGUGUAAUCUUUUGGGCUCUUUUGUGGAAGACACAGGUGAGGUCUUCACAUUAGAUUCAGCCAGCAUGUACUCUGUAUGGGUUUGUGUGUUUGUGUAAGUGUGCGUUGUACGUUUGUGCGCGUGUAUGUGCGUGCGUUUCAUAAGAGCCAGCAUCAAUUCAAUUUUUUUUCUUCUUCUUUGCCUUUAAUUGUUAUUAUUAUUUUUUGGGUUAUAUGUUACUCACCAAAACAAGCUGAACCACGAAGCUGGAUUGUGAAUAACUGAAAUUCAGAAAAUCAAAUUUAAAAGAUAACGAUUGGAAAUGAGAACGAUGAUACCGAAGCACUGAGCAGUUUUUACUUUGAUUGAAUAUAUGAAUGUGGCCAAAGCUUUAUGCAGUUGAAACACAAAGGAAAAAAAAAACGUGCCCCGGAUAAGUGUAUAUUUUAUUGCGGCACACAAUGCUAUUGUGGAUACAGGGAUCCACCUCCUUACAUUUGGGAUACUUGAUUUUAAUGGACAAUUACAAGAGAGGGAUAAAGACAAGGUCUUGCUGUAGAGGUCAUCUUUUGCCCACUGUGAAAACGAAAGUGUACCUGUAUACAGAUAUAGAUAUAUUUAAAACCAAGACAUCAACUGUUUUUUUUUUUAUUUGUUUGUUUGUUUUUUGAGAUGAAGAAGGAAUAAAAAGAAAUGAUAAAGGACUCUGGGAAGCUUUGGAGAUCUUGUUAGGAGGACAAGAGAGGCUCUGGGCACACAAAACUGGGCAUGGGAGCCAAAGCUAGGCUCAAAACAGCUUUAAAAACCACCUCCUUAUUUGAUUACUGACAACUCUGUAAUGCGAAUGGACUCUGGAACCAAUGGACGUGUGUCACACACAGAGGAAAGUCUUUAGAGGAAACUGAACUUAAGUGGCUCCAGCUGCCUCUUUCUCCUUUCUGUCUGUCCUUUAUUUCUCCAGCUCUGCCUCCGCUUCUGCUCUUUGAUGGACAUUUUCCAAAUUUCAGGACAGGAUGGACAGAGAUGCUUGCUUCAUAUCUUCCAGUUCAUGUUGCUACCCGUUUCAUUUCCUCGUGCUUGUCUCCGGUUGACAAGUAAAGCUCUCCAGUCAAAUGGCGGCUCACCCCUCUCUCUGUUGGUUACAUUAUCUAAACAGAGAAAUUAACAACACAGAGAGGGGAUGGGUUCUCAAAGCUGUCAUUCUUAAAGAGGCAGUUACACUAAGAAAAAGAAAAAAAAAAGCAUAUUAACCAAAAUUAACAACCAAACUAACAACCAAACAACCAUUUGCUCCAACUUCAAAGAUGAACUGUUACUUGGAGCUCUCUGUUCCUUUUGUGACUUCUGGUGCCACAAUGUUUUUUUAUCCUUUUAUUUUUUUUUUCUUUUUUGUUUUUUUUUUUUCUUUUUGUUUCCUUGAAUUACUCCUCCUUCGAGCCUCAUAAGCAUGGCUCUGUGGCUCCAGGCAGCCCAUCUGAGGGUAGAAAAAAACAGCCUUGCAAUGUACAAAAAAGAGCAAGUUAAACCAAAAAUGUUGUUCUUGAUGUCUUUUCUAUACUGUAGUCUUGUUAGCUUUUUUGUUACUGUAAUUAUAUGAAGAUUUCCAAACUGUACCAAAUUACAUGGAAACUAACAUACAUACAACCACAUGGAACUUCAGACUUUUAAAGAAACUUUUGUCACAAAAACUUGUUGUCCUAGUUAAGUUGAUUGUAGAUGGUAAUUGAAUAUACUCCUUUGAAAAUAUUUCAUCAAGUAUGUUUCUUGCUCAUUGUGAUACAUUAAAAAAGUAUGAGCAUAAAAACGCA